AUGGAAUAUUUUAUAAUCGACCCGCUCAGAUUAGCUCUAGAACGAGAUUCUAUUUCUGCAAGUCAUCCACUUUCAUUCAAAAUUGAGAAAGCCAACGAAGUAUACGAAGCAUUUGAUUCAAUCUCAUAUGAUAAAGGAGCAUCAGUUAUACGAAUGUUAAUGGCUAUCAUCGGUGAAGAUUUGAGUUUCAAAGCUGUUGCUCACUACAUCAAAAAAUUCGCAUAUGAUAACGCUGAAGCUGCCGAUCUUUGGACAGCUUUUGAUGAAGUUGUUGGAGGAGUAAAAAGUCUCGAUAAUAUGAAAGUGCUCGAUUAUGCUGAUGAGUGGACCUCACAGACAAAGGAGUUUAUUGGUGAGCUCUGA